GUGACUCACCUGGAAAAUACGCUAGGAGCCUCCGUUCAACAUGUUAAACUGAAACAAAUGAAGUAUUCUUUUCAGCUGUGGGUCACAAUGAUGUCAGCAAAAGCAUAUGAUGGGAAGGAACCUCUGAAAUUUGCGGAUCUGCUGAGUGACCGAGGGAAGCCUGUCAACCCUCUGUGGGAACUGGUUAAAUGGUGCCUGGGCCUAUCAGCGCACACCAUCCCUGCCAUCGGGCUGGCCUUGUUGGAAGAAAGGAUCAAAUACAACAGUGAGAAAUACAAAAAGUUUACGGCAGUGAAAGAAAGCCUGCAUAAAGAAUUGGUGGAGAUGCUCGGUGACGAUGGUGUCUUCUUAUAUCCCUCCCAUCCCACAGUGGCUCCCAAGCAUCACGUUCCUCUGGCAAGGCCUUUCAACUUUGCUUACACAGGUGUCUUCAAUGCCCUGGGUUUGCCCGUGACCCAGUGCCCACUGGGUCUGAAUGCCAAAGGACUUCCUCUAGGUAUCCAGGUCGUGGCUGGACCCUUUAAUGACCACCUGACCCUGGCUGUGGCCCAGUACUUGGAGAAAAGUUUCGGGGGCUGGGUCUGUCCUGGAAAGUUGUAGUAUGGCCUUCCCACAGUUUGUGAGUGUGUGUGUGUUCCUGUAAGCUGGGUGACGUCCAGCACCAGCAAGCAAGUAAAGAAAACACAACUGUAAAAUGAUCAUUUGUUCAGUUAUUCUUUCCACUCUGCUUUCCUUCACUGACCGUUGGCUUUAAUAAAAUGCUAAUAUUUAUUCCUGCCCUCAGUUUACUUACCCUCAGGAGGAGAUAAGCAUGUAAAGGAAUGAGUGCGGUAAAGUUUUCUGUAUGCUGUGAUGGUGUCUUUUCUAGGUACAAUCGGGAGAUCACAGAAGGAAAUACUCAAUUUGAAUUAGAGAAUCGCAACCAACUUCAGUCAUAGAGCAGAGGAUGCUGAAAGUGAGAUUGGAAACACGGUUAUGUGUUUGCCAGGUAGGUCGUGAGGUAAGGGAAUUCCACUUAGGAGCAUUAGUGACAAAGACGAGGCAUGGCAG